CGAUCAGAGGGGAAUUGCUGGUGUUGUCGGAAUAGAAAACUCAGUGUGAAACGGCUUCAAACGGGGCCAAGAGCCAGACACGACGACAUGGCAAACAUCGGCAGUGAAAAAAAGUCCUUUUCCACCCGACAGCGUCUUUCCACCAACGCUGAUGACGAGCUCGCUGUCAUUGAAAAUGGGGACAGCAGGGCUCAGUCUCUCUGUGAUGAAGCGUCUUCAGAGUCCCACAGAAACUCCUUCACAGGAUCCGGGGCCGUGUCCAGGCUGUCUUACUUCUUCUUCAUGCUGUGGAACUGGGCGUCUCACAGAGUGCACCCCGAGGUCGAGCGGCACGACUCUUUCCUCGAGCGCUUCAGAGGCCCCGAGCUCAAAGACCUCGCCAGUCGAGAGAGCAACGCCCAGUCUGUGGGCCCCAACGACACCGCCCGAAACAGGAAUCUUGGCAGCAAGUGGCCGCUAGCUACUUACAACAUGAAUAACUGCAACAACACAGACGACAAAAAAGAGGAGAAAAAGGAGGAGAUUAAAAAAGAUGAGAAAAAAGACGAAGAGAAGAAAGACGAGGAGAAGAAGGAGGAGAAGAAGGAGGAGAAGAAGGAGGAGAAGAAGGAGGAGAAGAAGAAAGAGGAGAAGAAGAAAGAGGAGCCUCCGAAAGAGAUCUGGAUCAUGGAUCCCGCCACAGACCAGUACUACAGGUGGCUGACGGUCAUCGCAGGCCCAGUGUUUUAUAACCUGAUGAUGAUUGUAACAAGAUCCUGUUUUAACGAGCUGCAGGACACGUAUACGCACCUCUGGCUCUUCUUGGACUACGGUGCAGACCUCAUCUACUUCGGAGAUACGUUCGUCAGAGCGCGAACAGGUUACCUGGAACAAGGCCUGCUGGUAAAAGACUCGAAGAAGCUGAGAGAUAAAUACAGAACAACGCCUCAGUUCAAAUACGACAUGAUUUCAAUGAUACCCACCGAUCUGCUGUUUUUCAAAUUCGGAUACAACAACCCGGAGUUCAGAUUCAACCGUCUUUGCAAAAUGACGAGGCUCUUCGAGUUCUUCGAGCGGACUGAAACCAGAACCAGUUUCCCGAACAUGUUUCGUAUCAGCAACCUCGUGCUUUACAUCCUGGUUAUUAUCCACUGGAAUGCCUGUAUGUUCUUUGCCAUUUCGAAAACCAUUGGUUUUGGAACUGACACGUGGGUGUAUCCCAACAUCAGCCACCCUGAGCACGGACGCUUGGCCAGAAAGUACAUCUACUCGCUGUACUGGUCCACGCUGACCCUCACCACCAUCGGAGAGACCCCUGCACCGGUGAGGGAUGUCGAAUUCCUCUUUGUCAUUAGCGACUUCCUCACCGGCGUGCUGAUCUUCGCUAGUAUCGUCGGUAACGUCGGUGCCAUGAUCUCCAACAUGAACGCCUCCCGCGCCGAGUUCCAGGCAAAGAUCGACUCCAUCAAGCAGUACAUGCAGUUUCGAAAGGUCACCAAAGAACUGGAGGCCAGGGUCAUCAAGUGGUUCGACUACCUGUGGACUGAGAAGAAGACCUGCGAUGAGAAGGAAGUCUUGAAGAACCUCCCAGACAAACUGAAAGCCGAGAUCGCCAUCAACGUCCAUUUGGACACGCUGAAGAAAGUGCGUAUUUUCCAGGGUUGCGAGGCCGGUCUGCUGAUUGAGCUGGUGCUCAAGCUGCAGCCGCAAGUGUUCAGCCCUGGAGAUUACAUCUGUAAGAAGGGAGACAUCGGCAGGGAGAUGUACAUCAUCAAGGAGGGGAAGCUGGCUGUGGUGGCCGAUGACGGAGUCACGCAGUUCGUCGUGCUCAGCGAUGGCGCGUACUUCGGGGAAAUCAGCAUCUUGGGUAUCAAGGGCAGCAAAGCGGGAAACAGGAGAACAGCCAACAUCAGAAGCGUCGGCUACUCGGAUCUCUUCGCGCUGUCCAAAGACGACUUGGUGGAGGCUCUCACCGAGUACCCGGACGCCAAAAAGGCUCUGGAGGAGAAAGGGAAAGACAUCCUGAUGAAAGACAACCUGAUUGAUGAGGCGAUCGCCAACGCCGGCGCCGACCCCAAAGACCUGGAGGAGAAGAUCGAGAAACUUCAGAGCAACCUGGACCUCAUGCAGGGCAAGUUCGCCCAGCUGAUGGCGGAGUUCACCUCCAGCCAGAUGAGGAUGAAGCAGAGGGUCACCAAGAUGGAGGCCAAGGUGAAAUCCAUACAGCCGGAGGACCUGGCAGAAGUGAUCCCCGACCAGGACAAAAAGGUCCAGUAACGCGAGAGAAGACUUUACAGGAAACGAAGGGAUUUUUCAUUUAGAACAGCAACAGUGACACUUUCUAAAGGACCAUGUUUAUAAUCUAUUUGUACAUCUGUUUAUUAUCAUCAUAAUGUGUCAAAUUGUGUACAGUGUAUGCAGCAGUGUUCACUUCGUUAAGGAAAACUAUGACGACAAUAUGUUCGUCAACCUUUUCUUUCCUUUCUUCAUGACUAAGACGAGACGGCGACGCGAUGCUUUCAACAGAUCGAAUAAAGACGAGACUAAAAUGUAGUUUAAAGAAUAAAAACUUUACCGUGAUCUCUCCUUAUCAUCGUCACUUCUCUCUCAGUCGUCUCAGUCUGACAGUUGUCCACUUUAAAGCAUAACGUUUGCAGUUUGCAGGUCUGUAGGGGUCGAGCGGAGAAUUAACACGUGUUUGUGCUUGUUGGUGCAGUUCGGCUCUAAGACUUCAGAUAACGAUAAUAAGAUCAAAUCUUAUGUGAAAUAACUUCGACUUAAAUGACUAAAUUAUUAGUUUUGGCUCGACUAGAUUGACUGAAAUGUUUCGAUAUAAUCAGAUGACUAAGAAUAAAUAAAAAUAAAGAUGAUUCAAUUAAAGAAAUGACUAAAAUGUGACUAAACCCUAAUAAGACUAAAUCUAAAAUAGCCAAAUCAUUUGCAGCAAAUAUUACUGUGUUUAUAAUAUGAUGACAGACCAUAAUAUGAUGACAGACCAUUUCCAUGUUGGUCAGAAGCACUCGUGUGUGUGUCGACUGCAACGAUCAGUCGACUAAUUGGAAAAAUAAUCUGCAAAUAUUUUGAUAAUUAAUCUGAAUUUUUUCGUGCAAAAAAUAUCAGAAAGCUGUUUCAGCGUCUACAAUGUGGAGACUUCCUGUUUUCUAUCAUAUCAAAGUGAAUCUCUUUGGACAAAACAAACAUUUAAAGACUUCAGGAUGGACAUUUCUCAUAAAUGUUUUAACCGAUUCUGUCAUUAAGGACGUAAACAAAAGCUUUUCAGAUCAAUAUUAACACUUUCUCCCAGAGAACAUGGAUCAACCUGUUAAGUAUGAACUGAAUUACUUUUCACAAUAAUGCAACAUCCUUUUCAACUUUAUGUGAAUGUACAAAUAAACAAAUGCAGUUCUGUUUAUAAGUUAUUAUCAACACUAUUAGUUGUAAAUUGCGAUGUUAUAUGUAAAUAAACAUUAAAAUGUUCCUAUAAUGUUUGUCUAGAUUGUCAUGUUAAGAGAAGAGAUCAUUCUGUUGAAGUUUUAUCUUAGUGGAAAUUACUUUAAUGCAUAUUAAUGACAAAGUUUCUACAUUUUUCCACCUUUAUUUACUUUGCAUAAUAGUUGCUUUACAUAAGAGUUUCACAUUAUCUGCACAUUCUUUAUGUACCUGAGAUAUUUGGCCAAAUAAAACAUUUCAUGUGA